AGUGCGGUACAGGGGGAGUGCUGCUACUGUCACUAUCCUUUCUCAGUGAUAAUUCGGGGGAAUGUUUUUCUGUCCCUUGUCACCUGAUCAGAAAACCCUUCAGAUCGACUGCACAGCUGCAUUUUCCAGUCUGCUCUUGAAGUUUUUAUUACCAAUGCUGAAAGCGGUGGUCAAACAAUAAAUGAAGCUCUCACGGUUUAUUUGGUCUCUCUUCUCGUAAAGUCUCUGCGCAAAUGGAAGAAAUAAUAAGAUGGUUUUGCUUUCCUCGCGGAAAAAAAAGAGCUAGGAUUAUAUUUGACGGUUAGAUUUGACCUUUUCUCCUCGUUGCUGGGCUGGUUACAAACGUGCUGGAGCUAUUGCGUUUUCCACACUUUCUUUCAUCCAUUAGAAAGCAUUAUGUGCGCACUCUGAUUGAGGUGCAUUAUUGCAUUGUACUGUGAGCACAUGCAAAUGAGUGCCCAGACCAGAAGAAUCCAAACAGAGGAAGCCAGCAUGGAUUUGUAAUGGAUUUACAAAGUAACUGUGGAGAUUGGCCUGAUUAUGCACUGUUGCAGAGUGAUCUUCCAGUAUGGAUGAACGCACCACGAAAGAAACUACUCUUCCCUGCUACGUCCAUCGAUCCCUUUUCAUAUUGCUGAUACUGAUGACAGUACUGAUGCUGAUUUUAAAUUUGCAUAGUAUAAGGUAUGAUAAAUAUUCAAUUUCUGGCUCUGAUUCUAAAUGGAGGAGUUAUCCAACUCCAAAAUUUUAUUCUGCUAUGAGGCAGAAAACCGAGCCAAGGAAUCUCCAUUGGACAGACAGAUUAUUGCAAUAUGGCUACCAGAAUCACAGCUUCACCUCUGAAGAAAGGUCAGAGGGAACAUUCCUUAUGAAAAUGAUCGAAUGGCCUAAAUCACCCAACUCUGCUGUGCCCUUUGAGAAAAGCAGUGACCCAGCACAUGUUCGCUUUGUAAUUUUAAAUUCUGCGAAGACUUUCUAUGUGGGAGAUCAGCUACAAGUGAUGCUGCAGAUGAGUGAUUUUGAAGGUCACCCAAAGAGAUAUGGGGGUGACUAUCUCCAAGCUCGGAUCCACACACCAGCUUUAAAGGCUGGUUCAGCAGGAACAGUUGUAGACAAUGAAAAUGGAAUUUAUUAUAUCAAUUUUAAUUUAUCUUGGUCAGGGAAAGUUGAAGUCUCUGUUUUACUGGUUCAUCCCAGUGAAGGGGUCCAAGCACUUAAAAGGCUACGUCAGGAGCGGCCAGAAAGAGUGUAUUUUAAAAGUACCUUCAAAUAUCGGGGUACUUCAGAGACCACUGUCUGUAAUCUUUAUUUGUCUCCAUCUAAACCACUCUGUAACUUUACUGAUCCCAGGACUGGGGAACCCUGGUUCUGUUACAAACCAAAGAAGCUUCCCUGCUCUGCUCGAAUCAACCAUUUUAAAGGAGGUUAUGAGAAAAAUCUCUUAAUUGGAGAAGAGGACCAUUAUUUCCAAAGUGCAAUAAACAUAAAGAGGCCUAUAUUACCCAGUUCUGCAGGUUAUGUAAUGGUGGAGCCUUCACCUCAUGCAGCUCCACCUCUUGGAGAAUGUGUCCAGGGACAGCCCAUGGUGUCACCAUCUGGUUUUUAUUAUAAGGACCAGUGGAUGUCAACAACCUGCAAUAUUCACCGCUUCGACACUCCUGCAAAAAUUACAGACUGUCUUCAUGGAAAAAGUGUCUUUCUGUUUGGAGAUUCCACUGUUCGUCAGUGGUUUGAAUAUUUGACUGAAUUCAUUCCAGGUCUCAAGAUAUUUGAUCUUCACAAUCCAAAAAACAUAGGCCCUCAUCUUGCUGUGGAUUUGGAACACAAUAUCCUGGUAGAAUAUCAUCCUCAUGGCCCACCAAUCCGAUUCAACACUGUUUCGAGCCAGGACCUACACUACAUUGCAAAUGAACUGGAUGAAAUUAAAGGAGGAAAGGGUACGGUCAUAGCUAUCACCUUAUGGUCUCAUUUCAGCACUUUUCCAGUGGAAGUUUACAUCAGAAGACUACAGAAUAUCCGCAGGUCAAUUUUGCAGUUAAAAGGGAGGAGUCCCGAAACAGUGGUUGUUUUGAAGACUGCCAAUGUGCAGGCCCUUCCAGGAGAUGUCAGUCUGUAUAACAGUGACUGGUACUCCUACCAGCUUGAUAUCAUAAUGAGAAAGAUGUUCACAGGCAUCAAUGUGGCAUUUGUAGAUGCCUGGGAAAUGACGAUAGCACAUUACUUGCCACAUAACUUACACCCUGAGCGAAUCAUUGUAAAAAAUGAAAUAGAUGUACUUCUUUCAUAUGUGUGUUCUUCUGGAAAUAAAUAAAGAAAUAAAUUAUGUAUUAAAUCUGUUCUAAACAGGUUUUAGUUACCGUGGGAUUCA